AUGAUUUCAUUCGGUGGCGAGCAUUCAGCAACCCCACCCUGCCUCUCGCUCUCUGUAGUCCUUCAUUUGCACUUUACUGAGAAAACCUACUUUGCUCUCGCUGCAGGUGGAGGAGGCAAGCGGAAAGGGAGGAGCAAAAAAUGGAAGGAGAUCCUUCGCUUCCCCCACAUAAGUCAGUGCACUGAGCUGGGCAACAGCAUCGAGAAGGACUAUGUCAGCAUCUGUGAGAAACAGCCAAUUGGAAAGCAGCUCUUCCGUCUUUACUGUGAGACCAGACCAAAACUGCAACGCUGCAUUCAGCUACUGGAUGCAAUGGAAGAUUACGAGGUGACGCCUGAUGAAAAAAGAAAAAGCAGAGGGGACCAGAUUAUCAAGACCUUUCUUUCCAAACAAUCACCGCAACGUGUGGACAUUGCAGAGGUCUUUGCAGAUCAGUGCCGAGAGAACCUUGAACUCAGCCCAUGUAAGGAGAUCUUCAGCAACUGCCGAAAAGCUGUCCACGACUACCUGAGCGGGGCUCCAUUUGCAGACUUUGAGAACAGCAUGUACUUUGACCGCUUCCUGCAGUGGAAGAUGCUGGAGAGGCAACCAAUCACUAAAGACACUUUCAGACAAUACCGAGUGCUGGGCAAAGGAGGUUUUGGAGAGGUGUGCGCCUGUCAGGUUCGAGCUACAGGAAAAAUGUACGCCUGCAAGAAGCUAGAGAAAAAGAGAAUAAAGAAGAGGAAAGGAGAGUCAAUGGCGCUCAAUGAAAAGCAGAUCUUGGAGAAAGUUAACAGCAGAUUUGUUGUGAGUUUAGCAUAUGCCUAUGAGACCAAAGACGCUCUCUGUCUGGUGCUGACCAUCAUGAAUGGUGGAGACCUGAAGUUUCACAUUUACAACAUGGGCACGCCAGGUUUUGACAAAGACAGGGUCCAGUUUUAUGCAGCUCAAAUCUGUUGUGGUCUCAAACACCUCCAUAGGGAAUCCAUUGUCUACAGAGAUUUGAAACCAGAGAACAUCCUACUUGAUGACAAUGGACACAUCCGCAUUUCCGACCUGGGUCUUGCCAUUAAAGUGCCUGAAGGGGAGUUGAUCAGAGGAAGGGUGGGCACAGUGGGCUACAUGGCUCCAGAAGUGAUCAACAAUGAAAAGUAUGGAAUGAGUCCUGAUUGGUGGGGGUUGGGCUGCCUCGUAUACGAGAUGACCGCCGGGCGAUCGCCCUUCCGUGCCCGCAAAGAGCGAGUGAAGCGGGAGGAGGUGGAAAGGAGGGUGCAAGAGGAAGAAGAAGAGUACAAUGACAAGUUCACAGAGGACACCAAGGAAAUCUGUAGAAGGCUGCUCACCAAAGACCCAAAGCAGAGGCUCGGGUGCCAGGCGGACAGAGCAGCAGACGUCAAAGCUCACUCUUUCUUCAAAAAUAUCAACUUCAAGAGGCUAGAAGCUGGAAUAGUUGAGCCUCCUUUUGUGCCGGAUCCUCGGGCAGUCUACUGCAAAGAUGUGUUGGACAUCGAGCAGUUCUCCACAGUCAAGGGAGUAAAUUUGGACCAAACUGACAAUGACUUCUACUCCAAAUUUGCAACAGGCAGUGUUUCCAUCCCAUGGCAGAAUGAGAUGAUAGAAACGGAGUGUUUCAGAGAUCUGAAUGUGUUUGGCCCUCAAGGGAUGAGACCCCCGGACCUCGACUGGAGUCAACCUCCGGAACCCCCAAGACGCAGCCUGCUGGACAGGAUCUUCAGGAGGCACCACCCAGAAGUGUCCAUUUCCCACAGCCGUGUGCAGUCUUCCAGCGUGAACUCUGUGGACUCUAUGUCUAACUCUGCCCCCUAG